AGCCCCGCUGACCCCUCCUGACCCCCUCCCCACAGGCCAAUGCUGAUCGACAUGAGCCGGGUGUACCGCCAGAGCAACCUGGAGAACCUGGACCAGGCCUUCACCGUGGCCGAGCGGGACCUGGGGGUGACGCGGCUGCUGGACCCCGAAGACGUGGACGUGGCGCAGCCGGACGAGAAGUCCAUCAUCACCUACGUGUCCUCCCUGUACGACGCCAUGCCGCGCGUGCCCGAGGUGCAGGACGGCGUCAAGGCCAACGAGCUGCAGCUGCGCUGGCAGGAGUACUACGAGGUGGUGACGGGGCUGCUGCAGUGGAGCCGGCAGCACUCGGCGCUCUUCGAGGAGCGACGUCUCCCUGCCAGCUACGAGGAGAUCGAGGUGAGGCCGCCGGCACCUGGGCUCUCACCUCGGUCUCACCCCCGGGCCUGGGCUGAGGACAGGAGCAGUGCUGCUGGCCUGGCACGGGCACAGGGACAGGGACAGGGACAGGCACGGUGCUGGGAUGACCAACCUCGGGAGCCGCUGGUAGCCGGGGCAGCGUGGGGCAGAGUCCCAGCUAGCCCCACCGUGGGUGGCUCAUGCCCAUCAUGGGUGUCUCAUGCCCAGUGAGGGGUGGCUCGUGCC